UUUCAGUUACACCGUUUAUCAGUGAGUUAUUAUUUGACCGUUUUUUUCCAAAAUGAACGUCUAUAAAAUGUCUUCACUCUUUUUCUUUGGAUUCAUGGCAUCGGUAUACUGUCUAACUAACGUACCGAAGUCUAUUUAUGAUAUUGUAAUAAACGAUUAUAAAGGCGAAGCUAUUCAAAUGUCCCAAUAUCGAGAUAAUGUGAUACUUAUAGUCAACUACGGUAGGCCUUGCUGCCGGUGGACACGAGGCAGAGUGGAUUUUUUAGAGAUACUCGCCAAUGAUUACAAGAAAUAUCCUUUCACAGUGCUAAUGGUUCCAAGCAAUGUUUUGAACUGGCUCCAAAAUUGGCAACCCAAAGAGGCAGAGGCUUUGGCCGGGAGGGGUUUUCGUGUUACCGAAGAAGUUCGUGUAAAAGGUUCUGAAAAACACGUACUUUAUACGUUUCUAACAGAGGCUCUUAGUGGUACCUUCGGGAAGAGUAUCAAGUAUAAUUAUACUAUGUUUCUUGUCGAUAAAAAAGGAAAUGUUGUCGAACGAUAUUCGAUGAAAUCUAAUCAUCCUGCAAUAACCGAUAGAAUAGAUCGUCUCGUAAAGAGUAAUGACAAUAAAACGUAAUCAAUAUCAAAUCAAUUUCAUAGUCAAUGGUAUUAUGGGAUAAAAUAAGUAAUGGUAAUAUGUAGCAGA